CUUUUUUCGACAACUAUAGAAAACGUGCAUAGCAAAUGAACGAAGAGGGUGAAUUUUAUGGACAAGAGGAGGAAGGCUUUGAAGAACUUGUCGAAAAGAGCCUUGGAACUGCUCUCGAUGACGAUCAGGAUGACGGAGAAAUAGAAGAAGAUUUACUAUCAGAUAUUGAGGAAAACGACGAUGGCGAAGACGCAGAAUACAGUGCCACAGUGAAAAGAGAAGAGCGGUUACAAUCUGUGAUGAAUAUGGCCAGAAACCCUUUAGCGGUAUUGUCUACUGGUGAUCAAAAGGACGAACAGGCCAUCAAACGUAAAGUAGCAAUGCUUUGUUCAGCCUUAGGUGGGUUUGAUCCAAAUCCACCGAACGAGUACAUUUUAGGUGUUGAGGCUCUAGGUUGCUUGAAAGAUAUCAAAGAGUUGCUGAAACGUAUAGAUGAGGAAAGGAACAUCUGGAGUGUUUCCUCUGCAUGUCAUGAUAGUGGGCUUUUUGUCAACGAUUUGAUCCCAAUCUUGGUGCAAUACGGAUCAUUUGACACUACAAACCAGAAUCCAGAGACCGUGAAAAUACUUUUAGUCGGAAUAGAGUUGAUGGUUAGACUUUUGACGCCUUUACGAUUAGACGACGAUUCCAAAGAAAAUAGAAUAGAGUUGCAUGCAAAAUUAAAAAGAGCACAGAUAGAGUACAAAUACCAUUUACUACAUUAUAAAAAAGGAAAAAUAUUUAAAUACUUAAUUGCAUUGAUUAUACCCAUCUUACAGCUGGAUUUGAAAAACGUCACUAGAAGGGACAACAUUAUCCUCAACCUUUGCCUAACAUUAUUUGCAAAUGUUUUGAGAAUCCAGCCAUCUGAUGCCAGGUCUGCCAAAAAGGGACGAAACAACGUCAUCAACGUUUUUGAGACAUUACCAGCGGGAAUAACGGAAGAAGAUAUCUCAAUUGAUGUUGUGCUUGCAAUCUAUAAAAAAUACCAAGUUCUUUCAGUGGUACAAACAAUAGCAUCUAACUUGUCAAAAGAGUUUGAUACCGAAAUUUUAGGUACUGCAUGUGCUGACUUUUACUUUCACUUAUUUUGGAAUAUAGACCCUACUACUAUUACCGACGAAACUAGCAUUCCUACCAUACAGCAAUCUUUAAGCAAGAAAUUAAAUUUAAGCGACGCAAAUGAACAUGACGACAAGACAGCCGUAUCUGCCAUAAAUAGUCGAUUACAGCAACUUAUCAACGUCGAGAAUGGGAGGAGAAGAGAACUGUUUUCAAAAAAUUCAACCAGGCAUGCCAAUUUUGGUUCAUUGAUCAAUAUUCAAGACAGCAAAUGUAACCGUGUGCUUUCCGGCCAAAGCCAUUUAUUAAAUAACAACGUUCUUGAAAUGCUAGAUUCGAAUGCUUCUAAGACCGGAUCCGGGAAAGCCCUAAAUAGAAAAACUAAAGGACAACUGGGACCAGAACGAUUUAUAAAAUUGACCUAUAAAACAAGGAGUUUGCUCAACAAGUUUGUAGGAGAUUUUAUUCAGAAUGGAUUUGGCGUUAUAUCGAAAGAGAUUUUCAGUAAGUUACUAAAAGAUGCAUCUGUUCAAGACUAUACAUUUCAUUACCAUUACUAUUUUGUUGUAAAAUGGAUUUUGAAGUAUGAGAAAAGUUAUCAAGCAUCCAAUUCAAAGGGAGUGAAGGUGGUAGAAAGAUACAAAUACUUGUUCUACUGGUUCAGCAAAAAAGCUAUUGAUUCUUUGAUGAAUUUUAUUCUUCUUCUAUCUCGAGAUAAAGUUUAUGAUGUUUUGACAAUCGGAAUCUCAGUUUUGAAAGAGAUUAUGCAAGCAGCGAUUAGCAUACAUUCUUAUGAACAUUUUGAAACUUCCAAACUAUUAAAAGAUGAUAAAAAUUUGUUGAAUGCAAUGGUUUUAAGAGGUGAAGGAACUUUAAGACUAAUUUUUUCAGUUAAUACGGAAAUAACCGAAUUGCUGAAUUUACCUAAAAAUUCACACCGGAAAUCUCACCAUCUCGCUAUGGAAAUGAUUGAAUUUACUCACACAGUUCUCAAGGUAAUUAAAUAUAUUCAAUGCUUGAAAGUUCCCAUCAUGUUAGUGGGUAAAAACCCCGAUAGUUAUGAUGAUGAUGGAUUAUUCGAGGGGGAUGAAGUGUCAAAAUUAGAUCCCAAGAAUCUUAAGAGGUACAAAACUUUAGAUAAAGGUCAGUGCGAUAAGUUUAAAGAACUAUUGUAUAAUGAUCAGACUGUUGAUACCCAUAUAUGGCUUUUCUAUCAAUACAAAGAGAUAGAUGAAUCAAAGCUGAAAAUGUGUUUGAGCUAUUUCAGCAAACUAUUGGAAUGUUCAGAAUCUAAUAUUCUCAAACUUGUCCGACUUGAUUUUAUGCUAGUACUGUAUCAGUUGAAAGAUUCUUCAAUAUCUACUACUUUGAAAGUGGAAUUUGGUGACUUAAUGAACUUUUUCAUGCACAAACUCGCAAAGAUGUUUUCAAAUACCCCAACGAUUUUGCUCGAGCCUAUGUCUUUCAAUGAAAUGAAUGACAUUGAGAUUAAAAAAUAUUAUCUUACAGGUGAUCCAUUUUCAUCCGCAGACUUUACUGUACGCGAGCAAAAGUCUAUGUCAAAGUUUGGUGCUGACGAUAUUCGAUUUGUUGAUGACUCCAUAUCCAGCAACGAGAAGAUUGCUCUUCUAGUAUCUCACCUUUAUUUUGAAGACAAAACUGCUGUUAUUGAUGAUUUUGUAAACUUUUUGUCACAGUGGUACCAUGAGUUGAACAAGAGCAUGUCAGAUGAGGUUAAAGUUGUUGGGAAAUUAAACUCUUGGAGGUUAGAAGGAACAUGCCUUAAAGAAUCUAGAACUAACCCUUAUUUCAGAUUACUUUGUCGAUACGGUAAUAUUGUUAAUGGUAUUCUUAUCAAGAGGGAAAGCUCAGAAUUAAUAGACUUCAAACAAAAGAUAGAGAUUUCAUUGAAUACACCAUUGGAAAGUUUUGAACUUGAGAACAAGUUCAUAGAUCCCAAUAUUGCACGAAAAGCAAGAAUGAAGAUGAGUAGAAAGAGUUUAGGAGACGGCAGUGAUGAAGAUGACAAUGAUGAUUAUGAGGAUAGUCAUCAUGGUUAUGGAAAUGAGGGAAUCAAUGACGAUGAGGAUGAUUUGGCAGGAUCUGGUAGUGAUGAGCAAGAUGCUUUGGGAUUGAUGGAAGCUCGAUUAAGUCGUCUUGGCGACAGGGUUAAAGGAAAAGCCAUGAGGAGAAAUGCGGACGGCGAGUUGGUGGAAAUGGGAAAUUCUGGUAGGAGAAAGACCAGAAAAAGAAGAAAGAGGAGAUUAUCGAGUGAUAGCCAGACGCAAGAAAAGGUUGUCAAAAACAAGAAAAGAAUUUACAAGAGAAGAAAGAUUGUUAUGGAUGAUGAUGAAGUUCUAUCAGAUCGUGAAAUUCUCCGUAGGACUCAUCUGUCUAAAGAAUUCAUUAACAACAGCGAUGAUGAACUUUCUGAUGAUGACGAAUUCUUUGCCAGAGAGCAGAAGUUACAGAAGCUUUUACAAAAAAGACAAGGAAGAAUUACAAAAGAGCAGUACGAUUCUCUGAUGGAUGGAACACUAAAUUUGCAAGAUGUUAGUGACUUGGAUGAUCAUUCACUCAGCGAUAGUGAAAACUUAGGUCCUCAAACUGCUCACUCAAAAACUGAUAGGGAGUUUCUUAUGAAAAUGCUCCAACCUUCGGAAGAUAGAGGUGACAGUGAUGAAGAUGAUGAAGAUAAAAGUGACGACAGCAGUGAUAAUAAUAGUCAAGAUUUUUAUAGCGACAACGAAAGUGAUGAAGAUAAUGCAGAAGAAAUUAUUAUCAAUAACGAAACUUCAGGGCAUAUUUCAGCUGAUAUUGUCUCAGGUAGUUCCGAUGAAGAAUUGGUCACUUCAGAAAGCGAGAUAGCAAGUGAUACUUCAAUAACAGAUAGUCUAAAUACCGGGAUAAAUGUCCAAGACAAUGCUACUAAAGAUCCUUUACGAUCAGAUGACAAGGGUUUGACCAACAGUGAUAAACCAACUACCGGAGAGGUUUUUGUGGGAAGGAGUAAAACACAAAGUUCCGAUGAUGCGGACUCAGAUAUAGAAUCCAAUAACUUUGAGAGACAAGCGAAGGCAGUAAAAUUGAGUGAUGUGAGAGAAAAAAGUUCCACCCCUACAACACAGGAGGAUGGUGACAUUUUUGCUGACCUUAGAGCAAUACACGAACUGAUGAAUACUCCAAAUACUGCCCCAAAAAAGUAAUAAUUAUAAUUAAGUUUUUAGUUUUACCAAUUUAUAGUAUAACAUGCAAGAUGU